AUGUCUGUCCAAAAACAGUUUGAACACCUCAGAAUACAAUUCGAAGCUAUACAAUCAGCAACCAACAACUUUGCCAAAGACCAUCUCAUUGGGCAAGGAGAUUUCGCAAGUGUUUACAAGGGAGAACUCCUCCUUUCCCAGGGGCCUACCAUGGUUGUUUUAAGACGUUUAGAUAAAAGAUACCGGCAAGUAGGCACUGAGUUUUGGAAUCAGAUCCUAAUGUUUUCUGUUUACAAGCAUGAAAACCUUGAGUCCAUCUUAGGAUUUUGCGAUGAUAGAGGCCAGAGCAUCCUUGUAUAUGAUUAUGCAUCCAAGGGAGGUCUGGACAUGCAUCUCGAGAGCAAUGAUCUAAUGUGGGUCCAAUGCCUUAAGAUAUGCAUUGGGGCAGCUCGUGGACUUGCAUUCCUUCAUAAUCCUACGGCCCAGGAAAGUGUAUUGCAUCGGGAUAUUACAAGUAGUAACAUCCUUUUAGAUGAAAACUGGAAUGCCAAGAUCACAGAUAUUGGGUUUUCCAAUGUUGUUCGUACUCAACAAAUAUAUUCAUUUCUUGUUACUACUUCUGUUGGAACGUUUGGGUAUACUGAUCCUGAAUAUAUGGAGACCGGGAACCUAACAAAGGAGUCAGACGUGUACUCCUUUGGUGUGGUGUUGUUUGAAGUUUUGUGUGGGAGGUUGUGUAUGGCCAAGAAAGGUGAUCAUGACCCUAGACCUUUAGCUGCAUUGGUAAAAGAUCUUUACAAACAAAACAAGCUACAUGAAAUUAUCUUUGGUAACAUAAAGGACGAAAUAAAUCCUACUUCUUUGAAUGUGUUUUCUUCGAUUGGCUUUCGAUGUUUGAAGAGGCGCGGUGCAGAUCGUCCGCAGAUGAGCGAGAUCCUUAGAAUACUAGAAACCGCACUUGAGUAUCAAGUUUCACCUCAACCUUUAAAUAAGCUGUCGAAUCAGAGAUCCGUAAAGCAUAUGCAUUGGGAGAAGACCCGUGACACGGAGGGAGCUGAAAUCGUUGAUUCGUCGAGCACAAACACAAAGUCCUUUGUCAUGAAAGAGUUUCAGCACCUCAGACUUCCUCUUGGAUUCAUACAAGAGGCCACGAACAACUUUAAUCAGGGAAACUUCAUUGGGGAAGGGGGGUUUGGGAAGGUAUUUAGAGGAGAAUUCUUCUACUCAGAUCAGGGUGAGACCAUCGUGGGUGCUGUAAAGUGUUUGGAUCGUUCAAAAGAUCGAGCAGAUGUUUCAUUUUGGAGCGAAGUCAUGUUGCUUUCCACUUAUAAACAUGAAAAUAUCAUCUCACUCCAAGGAUUUUGUGAUGAUUUCAAGGAAAGGAUCAUUGUUUACAAGUAUGCAUCAAACAAGAGCCUUGAUCGCUAUCUGAAUGACCCCAACCUCAUGUGGACUCAACGUCUCAAGAUUUGUCUUGGGGCUGCAUGUGGCUUGGAGUACCUUCACAAUCCCAAGGGCACCUAG